AUGGCUCUAUGGUUUGUGGAUCCGGAUGACCGAAGGCAGGCACUUAACUUGUUGGCAUGGCAGCAGCCGGAGGCAAGAAGCGCUGGCUCCCUGAAGAUAACUGAUGUACGCCUCAUUGAUAGUAAAUUGUACACGUGUACUGCAGAGAACCCAGCCGGCAAUGUGUCCUUAAGCUACAAUUUACACAUCCAAGCCAAGCCCAGGAUUCAGCCCGCACCCCCGCUACUGAAAGCCCUGGUGGGACAAACAGUCACGCUCCCAUGUGUGGUCCAGGGGGAGCCGAGCCCAGAGGUCAAUUGGUUUCACAAUGGUCUUCCUGUUGGGAUCAAGGACACGUCACCCUUUAGGAUCCAGCACGUCAGCAUGGCUGACAAAGGAACUUACCAAUGCGUGGCUCGCAACAGCGCUGGACAGGAGACUUUGGAGAUCAUGCUGGAAAUUCUUGGUUCGGACUAUUCCAAAGUAAACUGA